AUGCGUAUCAAUUCUGAGGUGAACCAGUUUUUCGACCAAGAGGAUUCUCUGCUUCCCCAGCAUCAUCGUGGAGAUAAUGGCGAGUCGGUAUCCCUCAUCGAUGUUGUCGAUAAGGAAGUCUUUUCAGAAGCUCGCAAAAGAAGGGAGGUGUUACUAUUUGAAGACGGUUCGUUUCCUGAACAGCUUGACUUCUCUAUUAGGGCAAUGAAGAACAGAAUCUAG